UAAAAGGAAAAUUCUAAGUAAUUUGACUAAGAUUACAUGUAAUUUAGACAAGAACGGGUCGAGAAUGGGGCGGGUCAGGGCAGGUCGGGUCGCUGAGACUACCCAUGCCCGCCCCGCCCCGCCUACGGAGCGGGUCGGACCCGCCCCAAAACAGAUCAAACAGAUCGGGUAAAACGGGUCAGGUCGAAAUUGCCAUCCCUACUGGCCACGCGACAGCCACCAUUCACUGCACUUUUACCGUCUCCAACAUAACAACAUAGCCCAAAGGGGGGAAUACAAAAAUCCGGUUAUGCCUGUCACCUGUAAGCUGGAACACUUAUCUAUUAUCUAUCGGGAGUAAAAAAGAAGCUAACCUUUCUUCAGUUGCGACAAUGUCAGCAGCUCUGCAAACCUCUGCAUCUUCCACUCUCUUCGGCACCAUAAACUGCAACACCACAGCUUCUUCUCUGAGACCUCCCAAAUCCAUCUCUACCCGAUUCAGAAUCCGAGCUACCCGAGAAAAAGCUGAACUCAAAACCCCACCUCCACCUUCCUCCCCAGACGAAAUUACACAGAAGUACGGCCUCGAAGCCGGACUGUGGAAGAUAUUCAGCUCCAAGGACGAGAAAAAAACUGUAGAUGGUGGCGCGCAGGAGAAAUCAAAGGGAGACCAAGCUAAAGAACUGCUUACCAAAUAUGGCGGAGCUUACUUGGCCACAUCGAUAAGCCUCUCCAUCAUCUCCUUCUCCCUCUGCUACGCUCUCGUCAAUGCCGGCGUCGAUGUUCAAGCUCUGCUGCAGAAGGUGGGGAUUUCUACGGAUGCCACGGGGGAGAAAGUCGGGACCUUUGCAUUGGCUUAUGCUGCACACAAAGCUGCAUCUCCGAUCAGGUUCCCUCCGACAGUGGCGCUUACUCCGAUCGUCGCCGGCUGGAUGGGGAAGAAGGCUGACCAAAAAGAAGCAGAAAAGUAGAACAAAACAUCUGAUGUAACAGUAAUACGUACAUAAUGCUCUGUAUUGAGAUACAAAUUUACAUGAUCCGGAAUCCAGCUGCUCUACAGAUGAC